CCAUACAGUGUUCCUUACCUUCUGUUGCUAAACUUUAGGGGGAAAAUGUGCAUUUCUCUCCAGGUCCCAGGAGGCCUUGCCCCUGGGGACUCCUUGGCUUAGCUUAAAGGAGUCCCAUAGUGCUGCUGGCCUCCCACUCUGAGAGUCUCGGCUCCUGGGCCGCUGAGAUCUUUGUUAAAAUCAUGCCGAUGAGACACACAGUGUAGGGUAGAAGAAGGACGCAGUUUAUCACAGAACAUGGGGUCACCUGAGGGGUGCCAGAGAGCAGUAAGGAAGCAGUGAAGAGCAGAGGACUUCCACAGGGUGAGAGCUGACAGUGGCCAGAGAGAGCAUUGAGCUAACCUCCAUUUUUAGUUCGCCACCACUAACCCUGGCCCGUUUCCAACACUGACGGAGGGAGGGCUCGGGGCCCCACCCCACCCUACCCAGUCACCUGCAAGACAGCCCUCAUGCCCUUCAGCAUGUCAGCCGCAAAGCCAUACUUCAUGACCAUGGUCAUCCUGCUGAUCCUGGCUGACAAGACUACAGGUGGCCUGUUCGGAUUCGGCAGAGGCAAGAGGCGAGUGCCCUGGAUUCCGUGUGAGCUUUACGGGGGCAUAUGCAGAAAUUCCUGCCAGAAAUAUGAGAUCCAGUAUUCAACCUGCCCAAAGAACAGAAAGUGCUGCCUCAGAUUCCCUGAGGGAAUGACCAGUUUCUGACUCUGUGAAGGAGUCUAGCUUGCCCACCACAAAUGCUUCAAGCUACUCUCAAGUUCCAAUGUCACCAACAUCGUCCCUUCUUGUAGUAAUUUUUUCCCAUGUUCUGGAAUGCUCUCCCCCAUAAAAAUGCACUCCUUCUCA